AUGACUCAGGCCGACAGGAAGAAGCGGUCCACCUGCAUGUCCAAGAUGGUCACAUCGCCUGCAACAGCAAGGAUGCAAACACUACUGCAGAAGGAGAUGGUGCGUGAGUUCCUGGCUGAGUUCCUGAGCACGUUUGUCAUGAUGGUGUUUGGUCUCGGCUCCGUGGCCCACAUGGUUCUAGGAGACAAGAUGGGGAGCUAUCUCGGUGUCAACUUGGGUUUUGGCUUUGGAGUCACCAUGGGAGUGCACGUGGCAGGGAACAUCUCCGGGGCCCAUAUGAACGCGGCCUUGACCUUCACCAACUGUGCACUAGGCCGCAUGUCCUGGAAGAAGUUUCCCGUGUAUGUUCUGGGCCAGUUCCUGGGUUCCUUCCUGGCUGCUGCCACCAUCUACUGCCUCUUCUACACCGCCAUCAUCGACUACUCGGGGGGAAGGCUGACAGUGACUGGUCCCACAGCCACUGCUAACAUUUUUGCCACCUACCUUCCUGACCACAUGACCUUGUGGAGGGGCUUCCUGGAUGAGGUGUUAGUGACAGGGAUGCUUCAGCUGUGUCUCUUAGCCAUCACGGACAAGGGGAACAACCCAGCACUGGAAGGGACACAGGCCUUGGUGAUCGGCAUCCUUGUUGUCAUCAUUGGAGCAUCCAUGGGCAUGAACUCAGGAUAUGCCAUCAACCCCUCCCGGGACCUGCCUCCACGCUUCUUCACCUUCAUUGCUGGCUGGGGCACACAGGUCUUCAGCACCAAGAACUGGUGGUGGGUGCCAGUGGUGGCCCCACCCCUGGGUGCCUACUUAGGUGCCAUCAUCUACUUGAUCUUCAUUGGCUCCAGCAUCCAACGGGAGCCCCAGAUACUGGAGACUCCCUCGACAUGUGAAGACCACAGAACACUUGUGUUGCCCAGGACCAUGUCUCACCCACCCGUGACCUCUUCCCUCACCCCUGUCUCUGUCCCCGACAACAGACCUUCAGUCCUCUCCCACCCUUAA